AGAAAACCCGGACGCAUGGUAACCCUAGUGAAAGCUGGUGGGAUGAGGAUUGUGCAGAAACACCCUCACACUUCCGAUUCCAAAGAGGACAAAGAUAAGGAUGACCAGGAUUGGGAAACCACCAGCCCACCUAAACCAACGGUGUUCAUCUCUGGUGUCAUUGCAAGGGGUGAUAAAGACUUCCCUCCAGCUGCAGCCCAGGUGGCUCAUCAAAAACCACAUCCCUCUGUGGAAAAGCUGCCUAACCCACAACAUGUCAAUCAGCACAUCCACCAACCUCGCAAGUGAAUGCUCUAGAAAAACCCAGCCAAGCUGCCAUAGCCGGAUAUGUUCUGGAGAGAAGAGCUCAUGGUUUCUUUAGGAUUCAUGCUACCCAAUGCAUAAAACUGGCCUUUAAAAUAAUAUAUGUUUCUUUUGCCUUAAUUCUCCGUGGAUUAAUAAAAAAUGAAGACAUCAUUUUGUUCUGCUGUCCCAGGUGAAAAAUGUGCCUCUUUGCUACUAUGUAUACACUGAUCAGGAGUAUUUCACAGUUUUGAUUAGAGAUGUAAUCAACUGGUUAUUGCCAAAACCAAACUUGAAUAUAAAUAAUAUAACAAAUGAAUUAAAAACUCCUUAACUUUAGUUCUGGGAUAGCAGCAGCCAAUAGCUGAAGUAGUUUUAUGUUAAACGUAUAAGGGAAUAUACUGUAUAUGAUUUUGUAUUUGGUGGUGGGUGGGGAGAUUGUUCUGUUUGUGAGUUAGUAUAUGGCAGUCUGAUUUUUUAGAACCAUUGCAGUCUCCAGUACAUUUGUAAUUUAGAAUAAAGCAAUCAUGUCACUAAA